CUAAAAAAACAGUUGACAUAAAAUUUGUUUUGGUACUGUGUUGUGUCUUUCACAACGUAAAAGUAAAAAUAAAUUAAAUGAGUAUCAAACCAUUCAUUUCAAGAAAUAUAGUAGCUUUGGUGAUGGUGCCAAUGAUCAUCGGCGGGCACUAUGGCUGGUACAAGCUCCAGGAAAAUGAUACUCUAGUCUCUCCUGAAGAGAGAGAAAAACUGCCGAUUAUAAAGAUGAUUAAAAACAUGAGCUUUUCAUUAACAUCCAAGGAUUAAGCGAAGAACCGUGCACAUACUUGUAAAUAUGUAAUUAAGAAAUUUAAAAGUUGAUUAUCCUCGCUUAUGUUGAAAUUGUAGAAGUUUUAUGUCAUGAUAUUUAUAUACAUUAGUAAAUAAAAUAAAUGUUAAUUCUAAAGUAAAA